AUGACAAAAACUGACGAUAUCCCAGUUGUUUAUAUUGAAAAGAGAAAUAUUAAUCAAAAGAUUCAUGAAAUCGAUGUUGAUAAACAACACAGAGAAAGUAUCGCCAAAACUUACGAAUUCAUUGUAGAACAAGAUAAAAUUAUCAAAGAACACAAAGUUCUCUCAGAAGCUUUAGAUCAAUGUUUCUUCAAACAAAAACAAUCAUAUAUUAAAAACUGCAGAGAAAUUGCAUUACAAUAUUUAGAAUUAGCUGCUAAAAUCGAUAAAGGUAAUGUCUAA